AGCGACCUCGCGGCUUGCUGGCGGGGUGACAGUGGCGGUGCGGGUUUCCCGGCGGGUGGCCAGGGCGCGCGGGUCUGCUCGGUGCUCGUCCCUUCGCAGUCGCGCCUGCCCAGCCAGCUCGCCGCUCCGUGGGGCCAAAGUUUCCAUUCUGCACCUUCUCCACCUUCCUGGGUCUGAGUUCCCCACUUUCUGGUGGCCAGAAAGCCGCCCCAUUAUCCACGGGGACUGGAAGAACCCAGACGUGUUCUCCCCCUGCCACCACUCUUUUUUUUUACUUUUAUUAUUUUUGGGGGGCACUCUCUUCGCGGAAGGGGCUGUGAGUGGGAAGCAUGAGGACCCCGAUUCCAGUGCUCGGUCUCUGGGGCGUCUACUGCUGCUUGGCCGCGGGAGGCCUCCGAGCCCAGGGACGCUCGCUAGAUGAAGCCCACAGCUCCAGGGAGGUCAUCAGUGCUGCCUCCAUGCCUCCUGUGAAGUUUAACCUCCGUACCUCUAAGGACCCAGAACACGAAGGAUGCUACCUCCCCUUUGGCCACAACCAACCCCUGGAGGACUGUGACUUCAACAUGACAGCCAAAACCUUUUUCAUCAUUCACGGAUGGACAAUGAGUGGCAUUCUUGAGAACUGGCUGUACAAGCUUGUGUCGGCUCUGCAGACAAGAGAGAAAGAAGCCAAUGUGGUAGUGGUCAACUGGUUGCCCCUGGCUCACCAGCUUUAUACCCACGCUGUCAACAACACUAGAGUCGUGGGACACAGCGUGGCCAGGAUGCUCGACUGGCUGCAGGAACAGGGCGAGUUUUCUCUUGGGAAUGUUCACUUGAUCGGCUACAGCCUGGGAGCGCACGUGGCUGGCUAUGCUGGCAAUUUCGCAAAAGGCACGGUGGGCAGAAUCACGGGCUUGGAUCCUGCAGGCCCCUUGUUUGAAGGGGUGGGCGUGGACCAGCGGCUGUCCCCGGAUGAUGCGGACUUCGUGGACGUCCUCCACACCUACACUGCGCGCUCCCUCGGCGUGAGCAUCGGCAUCCAGAUGCCAGUAGGCCACAUCGACAUCUACCCCAAUGGGGGCGACUUCCAGCCGGGCUGUGGGCUCAACGACUUCAUCGGGUCCAUUGCUUUCGGGACCAUCGCGGAGGGGGUGAAGUGCGAGCAUGAGCGUGCCGUCCACUUGUUUGUGGACUCCCUGGUCAACCAGGACAAGCCAAGCUUCGCGUUCCAGUGCACGGACAGCAACCGCUUCAAGAAGGGCAUCUGUCUCAGCUGCCGCAAGAACCGGUGUAACAGCAUCGGCUACAAUGCCAAGAAAAUGAGACACAAGAGGAACAGCAAGAUGUACCUAAAGACCCGGGCUGGCAUGCCUUUCCGAGUUUACCACUACCAGAUGAAAAUCCACAUCUUCAGCUACAAGAGCAAGGACAACAUCGAGCCUGCCUUUUAUGUCACCCUUUACGGCACCAAUGCAGACUCCCAGAUGCUGCCUUUGGAGAUAGUGGAGCGGAUCGAGCUGAAUGCUACCAACACCUUUUUGGUCUACACUGAGGAGGACCUGGGAGACCUCCUGAAAAUCAGACUGACCUGGGAGGGCACCGCCGAGUCCUGGUACACCACAUGGACGAAGUUCCUGUCAGGGUACAGCACGAGCGAGCAGGAGCUGAAUGUCCGGCGCAUCCGGGUCAAGUCUGGGGAGACACAGCGCAAAUUGACUUUUUGUGUGGAGGACUUUGAGAACAACAGCAUCACCCGUGGCCAGGAGCUGUGGUUUCACAAGUGUCGAGAUGGCUGGAGAGUGAAAAACGAAACCAGCCCGACUGCGGUGCUUCCCUGAGGAUGCCUGUGGGGUCUUGCCAGCAAGGCCCCGUGGCUGCCUGAGCACAUGGAGGAAAGUUACAGGAGAGGACUCAUCAGAUGGAGAUGCUCCCCUUGGCCUUGACCUUGGACCUGCAGGAAAAGCCUGCUUGCUGGGCCCUGGCUCUUUGCUGGCUGGGACUCCUCACGGGAGGGGACCUGGCACCGCCAUAACCUACACUGCUCCCUUCAGUGACUCUGACUCCAGAUCUGCAUGUAAGAGACUGGUCGCCGGGCCUCUCGUGCUCCCUGGGCUGAUUUCCAAGUGGCUGCAGGAGCCAGUGCUCAGCUCUGUCCUGGCUGUGUGUGGGGGCGGUUCUUGGCUGCUCGACCCAUUGAGCUGCAGAGAGAGGUCAUCCUGCCAGGAGCUGACUGUGCCAGGACUGCAGACCUGGAGCCUUCUUUACCCAGAGGGGCAGGGGCAGCGGGGUGUUGAGACUUUCCUGCUGGGCGCCAGUGGGAUGCACUGAGCAAUACUAGUCCCUACCUCGACACUCUGCCCUGUAUCCCAACACACUCACUAAAGCACAUGCCAUUGACUUGU